CACAUUAUUACAAAUACAAUAUUUUCUGUGGGAGUUUUUUGGAUUUACGUUUAUUUAGUUUGUAAAACAUGUCACUUGGCAAUGCCGAUCCUUGGCAUCUGAAAAACACAAUAGUUGAGCAAGGAAACACAGAGUCCGCGGAUAGCACCGACAGUUUCGAGGACAAUUUCACGCCCCCGUCCACCGGGAAAGAGAGCAGCAUAGAAAAGGAGUCAAAAAUCGAGCCACUGCCGGAUUCAAGCGACUAUCUAAAGUUGCUAGAACGAAAGCUGGCCCGGGUGCAGAAGGGUAACAAACUUCUGGACAACCUGCGCGACAAGCGUCAGGAUUGCAUGCGAGGAUUACUUUCCACCGAGGGAGUACCUAUUUCCGUAUUCGAGCAGUUUCUCGAACUAGACGCCCCAAUAGAGAGCGGACGCCUCCAUCGACAUUUGCUGCCCGUUCAGGCCGUAAACGUAGGCGAAACCUUUCAUAUAGUGGAUCACGACGCUCUGCAGAAGUCGGUAGAAGAAGCGGAGGAGGAACAGCCACCGGCUGAGCACUGA